AUGAAAAAUCGAGGUGAUUUUCAUACGGCAAGAAAUUUAAAUUGUUGUGCGUUAGUAUCAGGCGGUAAUGAGGUCGGAAACUUGAGAGAUCCUUCGAUAGGAAUGAUCGUGAAUCCGUUAAAUAAGUUUGAUGAUUUCUUUAGAAUGAACAUUCUACCUCCAUCAGAUGACGUUGAUGAACAAUUGUACUUCGAGGAUGGAAUUUCAACCGAUGACUUUCUUUUUGGAGGUAUCGGAUGA